CCGAAACGUGCAAUGGCCAAACGGGCAUAGAUGGUAAACCUGUGUAGUCUUCGCUGAGGGUAUAACUUGUUGUUUUUCCUGGAGGUGUGAUAUCGGAGCCAUGGUGUGCAGUCAGACUCCCAGAAGUUUAGGAAGAGGCGACCGGGGCUUCGCUCCGCUGCUGGCUGCUGCUGCGCUGCUCGGGCUGCUGUUCGCAGGGAUGCAACAAACCACAGCGUUCCCCACCUGGAGGUUAGAGGAAGAAGCUCACACCACUGUGUUGCUCAUCGGGAUCCGCAAAGAGGCCCGGUCGCAAGUGCUUCACCUCUCCAGGAACAAGCGCUACACCCUCACCCCGGAGCAGCUGAAAUGGGACAAGUUCAAACUGACAUACAAGUUGCUCUCCUUCCCCACAAACUUGAUAAACGCCAGUGACACGCGUCGAGGCAUCGCCAAGGCCUUCGGCAUGUGGAGCGACGUCUCGCCGUUCAGCUUCAGAGAGGUGCCAGCUGACCACGAGGCAGACAUAAAGAUCGGCUUCUACCCCGUCAAACACACAGACUGCCUGCAGUCCCACUUGCACCAUUGUUUCGAUGGCAUCACGGGAGAGCUGGCUCACGCUUUCUUCCCGCCAACAGGCGAGAUCCACUUUGACGACCAUGAAUACUGGAUUCUUGGAAACAUGCGCUUCAGCUGGAAGAAAGGGGUUUGGCUGACGGAUCUUGUCCAUGUGGCAACGCAUGAAAUCGGCCACGUCCUGGGACUCAUGCACUCCAUGGACCCGAAAGCUAUAAUGCACCUGAACGCAACUCUGACGGGGCGCAAGCUCAUCACCCAGGAUGAAGUGUGGGGUUUACACCGUCUCUAUGGAUGUUUGGACCGGUUAUUUAUCUGUCCGGCCUGGGCUCGGAAAGGUUAUUGCGACAGCAAGCGCAAGCUGAUGCAGAAGCACUGCCCCUCCAGCUGUGAUUUCUGUUACGAAUUCCCUUUCCCCACCGUGGCCCCCACACCCGCUCCCCCGAGGACCAAGCACAAGCUGGUCGUUGAGGGCAAGAGGCUGACUUUUCGCUGUGGGAAGAAAAUAGCAUCAAAGAAAGGCAAAGUAUACUGGUACAAAGACGGGGAGCUGCUGGAGUUCUCUCACCCGAACUACAUCUCCCUGAAAGACGACCACAUCACUAUAGUGGCCAACGCCAUCAACGAGGGCACAUACACCUGCAUCGUGAAGAAAAAAGACAAAGUUCUCACUAACUACUCGUGGAGGGUGCGUGUGCGCUUCUGAAGGCCGCGCCGCCUCCUCCGCGCACUGAACAGGACACAUUCACACACACGGUCACCAGGAGACCUCAUUCACUAGGGCACAUAUUUCUGUUUUUUUUUUUUUGUUUUGUUUUUUUUUUUUAUAAAAAUGACUUUCCUGUAUCUUCCACACACAACUGUCUAUCGUCGAUUGUCAUUGUGUAAGUGCGUUUUCAUAUGUGCAAGUAAUAAAU